CGGUGUUAGUACAUAAAAUAAAAACAGCAUUGGGUGCGCUUGACCACUGAUAAGACAAAGAAGAAGAACAAGACUUACACAAGCCCGAAAUUUACGACUUUUAUGUAGUUUCUUCAUUUUUCUCUCAAACAAGCUUUCUUCUUUUGAUUUUGAGUUCAACAGUUAUCAUGGGAUCAGUUUGUUGUGUUGCUGCAAAGGAUCAAACUAUUUCCACUAGAACUGGAGGUGAGAGUUUUCACAGAAAUCCUGCAUGUUCACCAUCGUUGAGUUUUCAAUGGGAUAGAUGGAGCCGUGUUGCUGGUGAAAUUGAUGAUCUUUCGUUCCUCACGUCUCGGAGAGUCAGCAGAAGUGUCAGCAUGGAGUUAAAGGGGUCUUUAAGUUCUGAAAGAGGCAAUUUAUCUGAUGUGGGGAGCACCCUGGAGAACUCUGUAACACCCAUGUCUCAGAAGUCCCCCAUUCACGAGCAAUUGGGUGCGAGUCGGAUGACUCUGUCUUCCGAUCUAUCCAUGUCAAGUAAUUGUUCUACAAUGGCGAAGAAUCUGACAGAAUCUCCGGAGAUUGCAGAAUCUUCAGUACCAAAUCUUUCUUUUUCAAUACCUUCUUCUUGCUCAACACCUAUAACCCGUAAUCUAAAUCAUCACAAUCUUCCCAGCUCAACACCCUCUAGAUGGGCUCAUCGAUCUCCAGGACACCCGCUGCUAAGACAAAUUUCUGAUAGUAGAAUCCUGGGUCUGAAAUCGCCCGACAACUCAAUUUCCGAGGGAAGGCCAUCUUUUGUACUGUCCACUUGCAGCAAUGACAUGAUAACUGGAUCCCAAUGUGGUUCAUCUGACGGCUGGUCUAUGCGCACCUUUUCUGAACUGGUGGCAUCGUCUCAAAAGGAAAGGUGGUCAUUUGACAGCGAGCAUUUAGGUUCAGGUCGCCGCAAGAUAAGUGGAACUAGUAGUAGGUUCUCGUAUUCUCCCUCCAUGGAUUUACAAUCUUGCGGGGCCUGCUCCAAGCUCUUGACCGAGAAAACUCCAUGGAACAGCCAGAAAUUUGUUUCCAACAACGACCUCUCGGUUGUCGCUGUACUUGUCUGUGGUCAUGCAUAUCAUGCAGAAUGCUUGGAGACCAUGACAUCAGAAGCAGAUAGUUAUGAUCCCGCUUGUCCGAUUUGCAUGGUUGGAGAAAAGCACGUGUCAAUGUUGUCCCGAAAAUGUCUCAAAGCCGAAUCAGAAAUGAAGGGCAAGAGCUACAAGAUAUCCCGAAACCGUGUUGUUGAUAGCUACUUUGACGGCGGAUUAGAUGGUUUUAAUCGCCAAAAAGAUGUAGUUUCGAAAUUAGAGCCUAGCUCAAGUUCAAGGAGUUCAUUAAGAAAACCCUUCUUGAGGCGGCAUUUUUCACUGGGAUCGAAGUGGAAUCGAUCCCUGUCUGAGAAUGAUUCCGCCAGGAAGAAGGGUUUUUGGGCACGAUAUCGCAAAGAUUGAGGUUCCUUAACCAUAGCUGUUAGUUGCUGCAGCUCUCUAAUUAUAUUUGUAGCACCAGCAAGUUAGGAUUUACUAUUUGUAUGUUGACCAGCUUCACUAAUAAUUAUAGAUUUAUUUUCAUUAAAUUUUGUGCUAGUGAGAAAUUCCUACUAAUGCAUGGAGGCAAAGGAAACAAAUGUGCAUGUAUAUUAUUUUAAAA